AUGUCGAGUUUCAGUAAAGCGGCUCAGGUGGCCAUUCUGAACCUGGAGAUGUUGAUUUCCCAUGAGACGGAAAUCCCAUGGACAGCAUUGUGCUACCUGACUGGGGAGGUGGUAUACGGAGGCCGGGUCACAGACCACUGGGACAGGCGAUGUCUCAACUGCACCCUCAGCAAUUUCUACAACCCCGACAUCCUCAGCGAAGGUUUCUGCUUUUCCACUGAUGGGGUUUAUUGUAUGAUCUCGGAGAGCAUGGACUUUUUACAGUGCAUCAACUACAUCGAGUCCCUGCCAGACAGCGAUUCCCCAGGUAUCUUCGGAAUGCAGGAUAACGCUGAGAAAGCGUACCUCGGAAACCAAGCCAAAAGCUUCAUGACCACCAUCAAGAGUAUUGAGCCCCGGCUCAGUGCUGGGGUGCAAACAUUCAGGGAGCAAAGGAGUGAGGGUGAAGUUGUGUUCGAGAAAGCAGACAGCAUCCUGAAGAAGCUGCCAGAAACAGUGGAGGGGAGACAGGAGUCAGAUGACACCUUCCUGGAUCUAGCUGGUCUUCUGGCUUUACCCACAUGGACAGCAUACGUUCAGUCAGUGAAAGGCUAUGAUUCCUUGGUCAACUCCGCACUGCUGGUCAUCCUGCGGCAGGAGAUCUCUCGAUUUAAUCGGCUGCUCUCAGUGGUUUGUUCCUCACUGCGCUCCCUCUGCCUCGUCGUGAAGGGACAGAUGAUCCUGACGGACACUCUUGAGGAAACCUACAAUUCCUUUCUCAGUAUGAAGAUGCCGAAACUUUGGCAG